UACUAUCGUAGUUUGCUACUACACGUUGUGAUAGUAAAAGUGCCAUAUGUUUUACUAACUUAACUAAUUGAAAGUGUAACAAAUAAAAAAUUUUGAACUUGGGCUGGGCCUAGCAUACUUGCUUUGUCAAAUCUACUUGAGAGGACGUGUGUCUGUACAAAGCGUUGUGAAACAUCUGUCGAGAAAUCUAACUAGAACCAUAAUAUUUUAAUGACCAUGGAACUUAACCCUUACGAGGUAUUGGAUAUCCCAAAAGAUGCAAAGAGUGAAGAGAUUCGACGAGCAUAUCGUAAAAAGGCGCUACGAUUCCAUCCUGACAAGGUCGUAGAGGAUGAGAAAAAGGAUUCAGCAAGAAGGGAAUUUGACAGAAUAGCAUUUGCAUACGGCAUUCUAAGCGAUGAACAUAAACGAAAACACUUUGAUACUACAGGAUCUACAAGUUUCAGCGAGGACGGUUUGGAAUUCGAUUGGAAAGAAUGGCUUGACGAGAUGUACAGCGGAGUCGUGUCUGGAGACACAGUGACCGAGUUUAAAGCAUCUUAUCAAAACUCAGAGGAAGAAAAGAAAGAUGUCUUGGAAGCUUACAAACGUCGGAAAGGAUCCAUGGAUGGUAUACUUGAAGAAGUUAUGUGUAGCGAAAUCAGUGAUGAAGAACGUUUUCGACACAUGAUUGAUGAAGCCAUCUCGCAAGGGGUUGUACCAAAAUUUAAACUUUACAAACCAAAUGCAAAAUCCAAAAAAAAACGUUUACGUGCAGCUGAAAGGGAGGCACAAGAGGCUGAAGAAUUGGCGAAAGAACUGGGGCUCGAUGAGAAGCUCAACAAAAGAAAAAAAACCGACCAAAGCGAUGAGGACUCAUUGGGGGCUAUCAUUCGAUCUCGACAGAAGAAUAGGAUGGAAGAUAUGAUCACUGCAAUGGAGAACAAAUAUGCCAAACCAAAGUCCCAACCCAAGUCCAGGUCGAAAAACAAAAAGGCCCCGAAGGAGGAAAUGUGAUUAUCAGUGCUCAGUGACAUAUUUCAAAAGAAAAAACUAAAAUCCGUUAACAAAACAAUUCAUUUGGGCCUUUUAUAUCCUAUAUCAGCAAAAUGUCUUUCUGUCUACAUGCAAGUUGGAUAUGUAACACCUUCUUUAAACGUUGAUAUUUUGAGUAACUUUUCCAUCAGCAACUGGAAUCUUUUUUACGACACUUAGAAUCAUUCUUUCAUAAUCAUGUUGUUUAUUGGUGACUAUAUUUACGACUAAGACUCACAAACCUAACCAUUACUAUACAUUCACAAUAGCAGUAAUUUAGACAUAGACAUUACUCUUUUACUUUACGCUCGGUAAAUUUUUUAUCAACAAUACAAAGAUAGAUUUUAUUGACAUCCUUAGUCGAACAAACCAAAGCCCAUCUAAAUAUAGUU